GACGUAGCAGAAGGCCGCCAGCUGCCCACUUGCAAUCUAUUCGAAACAUGGUAAUCUCCAACGCCAAGAUGGCGACGUACGACUUCCUCGCCGAGCUCCGCGGCGGCGCCUUCUACCCGGCGAGCUCGAUCGAGAAGGGUCGGACCUUGCUGCGAGAGCUCUGCGCAGCGAUCGAAGACGCCAAGCCGCUCACGCUCGACGGGCUCGAGCGGCUCACGCAUGCGACGACCGCGGGCUUCAACGCGCUGGAAGACGAGCUCAACGAGCAAGGAUCGAUGAUCGACACGGUUGCGCGCGAGUGCAUCGCCAACGACAUUGGGGUCAUUGCGGAAGCGUACGGCUUCCUGCAGUUUGAUAUCGAGUCGCUCAUCGCGAAUCGCGAGUGGUAGACACUUUUCUAUAAUGCCACAUGCAACAUGGCUCACAUGCAGAAGGAAUCGCCACCGUGCGACGAGGACGA